AUGCAAUUCGAAUCUCCCGGAUUCAAUGUGGAUCUAGAUUAAGAGCUUUAAGCUGAAUAGCAUGAAGAUUUUGAGUAAUAAUAUUUAGGGUUUUGCUUGCGUACAACAAAGAGAGAAACAUCAAUUAACUGUCCAAAUUUAUAUAGCUAAACUUAGAGUAUCAAGAGCAUCGAGGCGUUUAAUGAUUUAAAUGGUCAGAAGAUGGAAAACAUCACUUUAAAAAGCAUCCAGUAGAAUACUCCGGAGACGAAUAGAACAUUGAUAAAUACUCCUACAAAUAAAUAGCAUUCAACUGGUUCAAGCAUGAUGGCUUUCUUUUUGAUAAAGCGAUUUUUGGAGAAACUGUAAUUAAAGAGAAGAAUAAUCGAGACAUUGAAUUUUACUCAUUUGAAUUUGAUUGGGGAUAAAGCUGCAGACAUGUAAAUAUGGAGUUUUAUUAUAGUAAUGUAGUGUUGCAAUAUACAAAGUCUAUUCAAAGAGCAGGGUUUACUUUAAAAGCAAUGAAAAAGUUAUUGAAGAUGGAAUCGUCUAUUGAAGAGACAAGAAUGGAAACAAUGAAGCAAUGCUACUAAAAUCUGAAAAAGCAGACAAUCAAAAUUUUAUAAAAUUUGAUUGAUAAAAUACCUUUAAUAUAAUCUGAAUCAGUAUUCAAGAUGUAUUGGGAUUUGUUUGCAGUCGUAUUUAGGAUUAUAUUAGUAGUCUUAAUACCUUUGGAAGUCGCAUUCAAUACUCAAAUAAUGUUUGAGAGUAAUAUUCCGCUGACUGUAAUAAUAAUAAUAAUUCUUAUAAUGGAUUUUUUGAUUAGGAUAAAUACUUAAUAAUAUUAAAAUGGAUAAGCUAUAAGAGAUAGAUGGAGACUUAUUGUAUAUUAGGCAAAAAAGUCGAUGCUUAUCGAUUUUUUAUCAAUAAUGAUAAUGAUAGUAUUUUUAUCUAUUGAACCCUAAGAUUAGUACUAUAACCUAUUCACAUUAGUUACAUUAACAUAGUAUUCUUAUGUUUAUGAGAUACUCUCAAAAAGUGAAUAGCUCUCAUAUUUUACAAGACCUUAAAGAGGAAUAUUAGGCUUAUUGAAGUUUGUAGCAACAUUGUUUUAUAUUUUGCAUCUUUUUAGUUGUGUUUGGUUUUGGAUCUCAAGUUUGCAAAUAGAGGAUUCCUGGAUUGAUUUUAAGGAUUUAACUAAUAAAUCUUGGCAAUUAUAAUAUUUAGAAGCAUUAUAUUUUGCAAUUGUGACAAUGUUGACUAUUGGUUAUGGAGAUAAUGUACCUAAGAACCCAACUGAAAAAAUAAUCACAAUUAUAUUCAUUCUAGGAGCAUGUUUAUGGUUUUCUUAUAGUGUUAAUUUUAUCGGAGGUAUAAUGAAUGACAUUACUCAAAAUUAAGUUGAAAGAAAUUAGAAGAUGAGAGUGAUCAAUAAGUACAUGACAAAAAGAAAUAUCCCUUUUGCCUUGCAACAUUAGUAUUAAUAUUAACUUAUUCAUAGAAUUAAAGAGUACUUAACUUAUAGGUGGAAAGAAGAUGAUGAGGUGGAUUUAGAAAUAGAGUAAGCAUUAUUGGAUCAAUUGUCUGAUGAACUAAAAGAAGAAUUAGAUAAAUAAGCUCAUAAAGUCUUUAUUGAGAAAUCUAUUUUAUUGUAAUAAUUUUUUAGUGAAGAGUUUAGAAAUGCUCUUUUCAAGAGCAUCAAAAGAAAAAGUAUAUACAUAUUUUAAACAUAAAGUUAUUCCACCAGAGAAUACAUUUUAGAUUGAUUUUAAUGGUUAACAUCAUCUAUGUUUUAUCGAAUAAGGGCAUCUGUUGUAUUAACAUAAAGAUUCAAAAUAGAGAUCUAAAAUGAAUACCAUCAUAAAUUUAGGAGAAUUUCUUUGUGUUAAAGAAUUUAUAAUCGAAGAUCCUGAGAUGGAACUUUUCAAAGCUGUUGGCUAUGUUAGUCUCCUAGUUUUAUCUAAAUAAGACUUCUUAUAAACUCUGAAAGACUUUCCGGAGGAUUUUCAAAAAUAUUGUUAACUGAAGGACUCAAUAAUUCUGAAUUUAGAUUCUGUAGUUUUAACAAAGAGUGUCUAUUGUCCUGCUUGUUAACAAUUUGAACACUCAUUAACUCAUUGCCCUUAUAUUUAAUUAAAGUCUAACAGAGAAGUAGUAAUAAAACGAUAUCAACAUUCAACUAAUUAAUAGAGAGCACCAUUUUCAAGAAGAAGGUAGAAGAAUGUAUUUUUGGCUUUAUCAGAAAAAGAAUUAGUAGCAGAGUUUGCUAAAGUGUUUUCAAGUGAUAAUUAAGUCAUAAUCAGCUAAUAACUCAAAAUUUAUCUUAACCAUGAAUCUGAUCUAUUUGAAUCAAAUUCUGUUGAACCUCCUCCUUCAAAUGAUAAUAUUAAAUUGACUCCCCAGAUGCAGUAAGCUAAUCUUGCUCCUUAAUCUGCUGCGUGUGCUGAUUUACUAAGCAGCAUCCGAAUUCAAAAAAACUUAAUUAGAGAAACUGACAUUGAUCUCAAAGGUGAAUUGAGACAACAAUUAAAUUAAGGAAGAAUAAUUAGGAAAAUGACUCUUCAUCCAUAAAAUAAAUAAAUUAAAAAAAGUACAACUACUACUUUCACUGUAAGACAUAUUUAAGACGAAAGCUUAGAAGACUAAUAGUUGGCAAUUGAGUUUCAGAAUUCUCAAAAUGAGAAUAUCAUACUUCUCUAUAAUAAAUUAAUAAAACAAGAUUAGGAUGAGCUUAUAGUCAGGUAAGCUUUAAGUCAAAUUGAACCUCUGUUUUGGAAGUUAAAUCAAAAAACUAUUGAUAACUUUGAAGUCUUAAAAAAUUAUGACUAUUUUUAUUGUCAACAUAAUGUUUAGUAGAUAAUUGACGUUGUAAAUAAAAAUAUCCAUUCAUGGCAAAAGGAUAUCAUAGAUAAACUUUAGAAAUUCAUGUUUUUCCCUUUCAAUUAUAUACUCAAGUAUCUCAAAUUAAGACGCAACAGGAUGAACCAAGCAAUUAUAGAGAAAAGCAAUAAGUUUAAAAGGAUAAAGAACAAAUUAAGAAUGAUGCAAUUAAGAAGUAACUUGCACUUGAAAAAGAUGUCUACAUCAUCUAACAAGAACAUACGAUUUAGCUAAAUACUGCCAUCAUAAUUUCCAUCUUAAGAUUCAAUUAUUGCCUGA